GUUCUAAGGUAACAUAUGAUCAGCUGCUCCAUUCAAUUGAUUCGUUUGGUUCGUUUGGGGUUGACAGUGCGGGUCCGAUUGGGUGACCCACCCGCCUAGCCAUCCGGCACCAUGUCCCACUCGCUGAUCAACAUAAGCCAGCAGAAGCUGGCCGAGAAGCUGAGCAUCCUGCAGAACCGUUGUGUGGGCAUGCUGACCCGCAUCUACAACAUCAAGAAAGCGUGCGCUGAUCAGCAGAGCAAGCCGGCCUUCUUGUCGGACAAGAGCCUGCAGAGCGCCAUCCGCACCAUCGACAAGAACUUCCCGAGCGUGGACCUGAAGGCCCUCCAACCCGCCCUCCAGCCCCUGCGAAACGAGAUCCUCAAGAAUCUGUCGCUGUAUUACUACACGUUUGUGGAUUUGCUGGAUUUCCGGGAUCACGUCUCGGAAUUGCUCACCACCAUCGACGUCUGUCACUUGACCUUGGACUUGACCGUCAAUUUCGACUUGACCAAGCUCUAUCUGAACGUGGUCACGCUCUAUGUGCGCCUCAUGAUCCUCUUGUCCACCGUGGACGACCGCAAAGCCGUGCUGGGACUGUUCAAUGCGGCUCACGAGCUCAUUCACGGCCACGCCGACCCGUCGUUCCCGCGCUUGGGUCAAUUGAUCCGCGAGUAUUCGGUUCCGUUGCGAAAACUGUCCGAAGAGUUUGUGCCGCACGCCCGCACGCUGACCGGCGCGCUGACCAGCCUGAGCUCAAUUUACCCGCGCCGAAACUUGAGCGCCGAGCAAUGGCGAUCGGCGCAAAUGUUGUCCUUGGUGUCCAAUCCCCAGCACUUGUUGAACCCGGCGCACACGGACACCAUCCCGUGCGAGUAUCUGUCCUUGGAGACCAUGGAGAGCUGGAUCGUGUUUGGGCUGGCCGUGAUUCACCCGCUGUUAACGCAGUCGAGCCCCACGCAACAGUUGUGGACAUUGACCUUGAGUAGUAGCUGGGUCAUGGUCUUGUUUCGGGAUGAGGUCAUUCAAGUCCAUGAAUAUAUCCAGCAGUUCUUUGAAGGCAUCAAAGGCUACAGCAAGUUGAUCAGCAUCGUCAAGGAGUGUUAUAAUGCGGCUAUGCAGAAUGCGGCCACCUCCCAUCGAGAACGGCGGGCUUUCCUCCGCUCGGCCUUGCGCGAACUCAGUUUGUUGUGCUCGGAUCAACCUGGGUUGUUGGGGCCCAAGGCCUUGUUCAUCUUUAUGGGCCUGUGCUUCUCACGGGAUGAGGUCAUAUGGCUCAUUCAACACCAUGAGCACCCACCACCCAAACUGAAGACGGUGCCCGAGGACCUGGUGGACCGGUGCCUGCCCGAAUUGUUAUUCUACAUGGAGGAGAUCCGAUCGCUGGUCCGCAAGUACGGCCAAGUCAUCCAACGCUACUACAUCCAAUACCUCGCUGGAUACGACGCCGUAGCCUUGAAGCAAUCUAUGCAAGGUUUAACGCACAUGAAAGACGACGAUAAUGUGUUACUGUCUUCGAUCUGUCAAACCAUCUCUGAUGUGUCCGUGGACCAAGUCGAGGAUCCGGAUCACAUCUUUGACUUCCGAGGCUUGCGCUUGGACUGGAUGCGGCUGCAAAGUUACGUGGCUCACGGCAAGAACAGUGCCAAUUUCUUGGAGACCUUUAAAACGACGGCUGCACUCGUCAACACGAUCUCUUUUCACACCAAGAUGGUGGACAGUCUGGAGGACCUACUCACGGAUACCUCGGAUCUGUCCCUGUACUGCUUCUACUCGAAACUGUUCGAGCAGGACUUCCAAAUGUGCCUGGAGUUCCCAGCUCAAAAUCGGUUCAUCAUCGCCUUCCCGCUCAUUUGUGGGCAUUUCUCCAACAUCAGCAACGAGUUCUGUCCCGAGGAGCGGAUUCACAUCCGAGAGAGAAGCUUGAGCGUGAUCAACAUGUUCCUAGACGAAAUGGCCAAGGAGGCCAAGAACAUCAUAACCACUGUGUGUGAUGAGCAAUGCAAGUUAUCCGAUUUACUCUUGCCCAAGCACUGCGCUGCCCACAUCACCGAGGUGGUGAAUAAGAAGAAAAGCAAUCUUAAGACUCGGAAGCACGUGCAACCACUCGGUCAUCGUCCGGGCAGUGAGAGCUACCGUAAGACUCGCGAGGACCUCACCACCAUGGACAAGCUGCACAUGGCCAUGACCGAGCUGUGCUACUCGAUCAACUACACGCCCUCCAUUAGUGUUUGGGAAUACACCUUCGCUCCACGCGAGUAUCUCAACGCCCAUCUCGAGUCCCGAUUCACCAAAGCCUUGGCCGGCAUGGUCUUGUUCUCGCCCAACACCUCGGAGAUCGCCAAGCCCUCGGAAUUGGUCAACUCGGUUCGCACUUACAUGAACGUUCUACAGUGCGUGGAGAACUGCGUUCACUUGGAUAUCACCCGGAUUUUCAACAACGUCUUGUUGCAACAAACCCAGCAAACGGAUUCAAGUGGGGAGCCCACCAUUGCCUCCGCCUAUACUCAAUGGUAUAGCGAUAUCCUCUUGAGACGAGUGAGCGCGGGUCACAUCUGCGCUUCAUCCUCCUUGAAGGCCUUUGUGUCCGUUACGGCUGAAGGCGCCAUUCCAUUCAAUGCGGAAGAGUUCUCGGAUCCCAAUGAACUCAGAUCACUCACCGAGCUCAUUGGCCCCUACGGGAUCCGGUUGUUGAAUGAGAACCUCAUGUGGCACAUUGGAUCGCAAGUGCAGGAAUUGAAGAAGAUUGUCCGCCAGAACGAAGAGGUCUUGGUCCAAUUGAGAACGAACUUUGACAAACCCGAAAUCAUGAAGGAAUUAGCCAAGAAAUUGAGCAACAUCGAUAGCGUCCUGCAGAGAAUGACCAUUAUCGGGGUGAUCCUGAGCUUUCGAGAGUUGUUGUACGAGGCUCUGAACGCUCAGUUAGAGGAAAGGAUCCCGUUCUUGUUCAGCACCAUCGAGGAUGUUCACAAGCACACGGUUCCGGAGCAAUCGCUGAUUAUUAAUGAAAUGGCCUCGGCCGCCGGAUUCGUCAGUCAGAUCGAUCCUUUGCUCCUCCAAACGGUUCAAGCCUUACCCAAGAUUGAUUUUGAAAACGACUACGUUGAAUCAUGUCUUCUUAUGGUGUUUGUGGCGGUCACCAUCCCAAAGUUGGCCAGAUCCGAGUCGAGUUUAUAUCGGCCACAUUUGGACAGUCAUGAAAACAACAUCCAUUGUUUGGCCUUAGCUGUGAACCAAAUAUUUGGUGUCCUCUUCACCAUCUGCGGCCACGACGACAUUGAGGAUCGUCUCAAAGAGUUCUUGGCCUUGGCCUCAUCCAGCCUUCUACGUUUAGCUCAAGAAGGCAACAAAGAAGAGGCCCGGAAUCGCGAAUCAGUCUACAUUCUUUUGGACUUGAUUGUACAGAAAUCCCCUUGGUUGAGCAUGGAUUUGCUAGAAAGCUGCUUCCCCUACAAUCUCUUGCGAAACUCCUACCACAUUGUCCACAAAAUGGAGAGACUUCGAAUUGCCGGCUCGCAUCCGAUCCCAGCUCACAAUUAACAGAUGGCAGCGGACUUUGCUUCCCUGGAUAUUGACCAAAUUGAAGUUGGACAUGAGCAGCAUGUUCUGGAAACUCACGUCACAAAUAUCGCUUGUCCCAUUUUUCUGUAUUCUUUGUAGGUAGACACUUUUUUCUAAUAAUGGCAACUUAGCAUGCAGCAGCUUUGAUACUCAUUUUCCAGCCAAACAAUAUAUAUAUAUAUGUAUCGUUACAUGAUCUUGUCAGUAGGCAUUACGCAUUUACCCGCCAAAAGCAGCUUAUUAAAAAGAACUGAGGUCAA